GCUGCUCCGAGACCUUCCUCGCCUCUGACCUCGGGUCCUGAGUCUGGCGCAGAUUCGACACCAUCAGCUUCUAAGACCAGCGGAUCUUCAAUUGCACGCGCAGGCUCCCCUCCAGGAGGGCCGCGUUCAGCCAUCCGUCGACGUGCAGCUGCCGAUCACAAGGAGUCAGUCAAAAAUGCACGGCCAGCCUCAACACGCUCCGCAGGCGCAGGCGGGUCUAGCGGAACCAUGCUGAGGUUAUACACGGAUGAGAGCCCUGGAUUAAAGGUGGACCCUAUGGUGAUCUUGUUCUUGAGUUUGGGAUUUAUUUUCAGCGUAGUGGCAUUGCAUCGUAUGUUCCGAUCCGAUAUUCCUCUUGGG